AGUUGCUGUCUCCGGGCUCUCUGGAUGGCAUGGAUGAUGGUGCAUGCGGCGAAGAGGCCGGGGCCUCUUCCUCCUCAGCGGGGGCGGAUUCGGACGACUGCCUCCCCCAGCUGGCCCCCAUCCCCCUGGUAGAGAGCAUUGAUGAGGCCCUGGUGCCUGAUAUCAUUGCAGGUACUACGGGAGCAUCCUCAAUAUUCCAAAGUGCUCCACCUCUGUCCUCUUUGGAAAAAGAUAAAGACAUAGACUUUGACUUGCUACAAGACCUGAUGGAUGUUGAUAUUGAUCCUUUAGAUAUUGAUUUGGAAAAAGAUCCACUCGCGGCCAAGGUGUUUAAGCCUAUAAGCAGCACCUGGUAUGACUACUGGGGCGCUGACUAUGGCACGUACGGGUACAACCCGUACAUCGGGGGUGUUGGUAUCCCAGUGUCCAAGCCUCCAGUCGCUGUUGAGAAGCCGGGGUCACAGAGUCUGUCAGUGUCCGUGUCGCAGGCACUGGAUGCCCGGCUAGAGGUGGGCCUAGAGCAGCAGGCUGAACUGAUGCUCAAAAUGAUGGCAACCCUACAGGCCGACUCUAUUCUACAGGCCCUCUCCUCCAGCUCCUCCACAGUGUGCCAGGCCUCCAAUGGGACUGAUGACUCCCUGCUGAGGGCCCUGCAUGGGGGGGGGUCUCCUCCAGCCAGCUGCCUGAUGAUCCAGCCCUCGUCCAUCCCCAUGUUGAGCGGCUGCUUCAACAAGCUCUUCUCCAUGCUGCAGGUCCACCAUGUACAGCUGGAGUCCCUGCUGCAGCUGUGGUUAACACUCAGUCUCAACACAUGUUCUAAUUGCACUGAAGAGAGCGGAUCAGACAUCUUCAUGUUCAACGCCAGCCGAGUGCCCACCAUCCCACUCAACCAGGCAUCCAUUAGCAGUUUCCUGACAGUGCUGGCGUGGUACCCCAACACCUCCCUGAGAACGUGGUGUCUGGUGCUGCACUCUCUCACCCUGAUGACUAACAUGCCAGCCUGCGGCUCCAGCAGUGGGAUGAGCUCUCAGGAAAGCACCGCCCAGCAGAUGGUGUCUGACCCCACCCUGGUUCAUGUCCUUGUGCGCUUCCUGUCUGGCAGCAGCACCAACGGGACGAGCCAGCACAGCUCUCAGGUGGGACCCACCGCCACCCAGGCCAUGCACGAGUUCCUGAGCCGCCUGCAGGUCCACCUGUCCUCCACCAGCCCGCAGAUGUUCAGCGAGUUCCUGCUCAAACUCAUGCACAUCCUGUCUACAGAGAGGGGUCCGUUCCAGUCCGGCCAGGGUCCACUGGACGCCCAGGUGAAGCUGCUGGAGUUUACUCUCGAACAAAACUUUGAGGUGGUGUCAGUGGCUACGAUCUCCUCCGUCAUUGAGUCCAUCACAUUCCUGGUCCACCACUACAUCACCUGCGCAGACAAACUGGUGUCCCGCAGCGGCUCCGACAGCUCUGUCGGGGCUCGGGCUUGUUUUGGUGGUUUGUUUGCCAACAUCAUCCGGCCAGGAGACGCCAAGGCUGUGUGCGGAGAGACGACACGAGACCAGCUGAUGUUCGACCUCCUCAAGCUGGUCAACGUGCUGGUGCAGCUGCCUCUGUCCGGGGACAGAGAGUUCAGUGGACGACUGCCGCCGGCCGGCAGCGAGGCGGCUGACAGCAGCGUGUCGGACGAGGAGAAGGUCUGUGGCAGCAAAGAGAGCGUGGCUGGUGGCUCAGCGUUCAGCCAGGGGCCCCCUGCAGGGGUGGCCGACCUGGUGCUAGCCAAUCAGCAGAUCAUGAGCCAGAUCCUGUCCGCACUGGGCCAGUGCAACAGCAGCGCCAUGGCCAUGAUCAUAGGAGCCAGCGGCCUCCACCUGACCAAACAUGAGAACUUUCAUGGUGGCCUGGACGCUAUCUCUGUAGGUGACGGCCUCUUCACCAUCCUCACCACCCUCAGCAAGAGGGCCACCUCAGUGCAGGUCAUGUUGCAGCCCAUCCUCACUUACAUGGCCUGUGGAUACAUGGGCAGACAGGGGUCUCUCUCCACCUGUCAGCUGUCGGAACCUCUCUUGUGGUUCAUCCUCCGAGUGUUGGAUACCAGCGAGGCUCUCAAGGCCUUCCAUGACAUGGGUGGUGUGCAGUUGAUCUGUAACAACAUGGUGACCAGCACCCGGGCCAUUGUGAACACAGCACGCAGCAUGGUGUCCACCAUCAUGAAGUUCUUAGACUCAGGUCCUGGGAAGUCAGCGGACGGCAACCUCAAAGCCAGAGUGAUGACAUCAGAGCCGGACAACGCUGAGGGACUCCACAACUUUGCUCCCUUGGGCACCAUCACAUCCAGCAGCCCCACAGCGCAGCCAGCAGAGGUCCUCCUCCAAGCCACGCCCCCCCACCGACGAGCCCGCUCGGCAGCCUGGUCCUACAUCUUCCUGCCGGAGGAGGCUUGGUGUGACCUCACCAUCCACCUUCCUGCUGCUGUGCUGCUGAAAGAGCUCCACAUCCAGCCACACCUUGCUUCUCUGGCCACCUGCCCGUCAUCCGUCUCCGUGGAGAUCAGUGCUGAUGGGGUCAACAUGUUGCCGCUUUCCACGCCAGUGAUCACCAGCGGCCUGACCUACAUAAAGAUCCAGCUGGUGAAGGCGGAGGUUGCGUCGGCGGUUUGCCUGAGGCUGCACCGGCCUCGUGAUGCCAGCACGCUGGGCCUGUCUCAGAUCAAACUGCUGGGCCUGACGGCGUUUGGCAACACCUCCUCUGCAACCGUCAACAACCCCUUCCUUCCUUCUGAGGACCAGGUGUCUAAAACCAGCAUCGGGUGGCUGCGUCUUCUCCACCACUGCCUGACCCACGUCAGUGACCUGGAGGCCAUGAUGGCCAGUGCUGCAGCUCCCACCGCCAACCUGCUGCAGACCUGUGCCGCGCUGCUCAUGUCGCCUUACUGCGGCAUGCACUCUCCCAACAUCGAGGCUGUGCUGGUCAAGAUCGGCCUGCAGUCCACACGCAUUGGACUGAAGCUCAUCGACAUCAUGCUGAGGAACUGUGCCGCUUCCGGCACCGACCAUGCCAAUUUAAACAGUCCCCUGCUGUUUGGGCGACUGAAUGGCCUCUCGUCAGAUUCCACCAUUGACAUUCUCUACCAGCUGGGCACCACACAGGACUCUGGAACCAAAGACAGGAUCCAGGCUCUUCUGCAGUGGGUCCAUGACUCUUCUCGGGUGGCGGCCCACAAGAUGAGUAGCCCGAUGGGGUACACUGGCGCCGCUGCGGUCCCUUCCUCUUCUUCAUCCAGAGAGUAUGGUCUCCUCAUGCCGUCGCCCUCCCACCUGCACUGUGUGGCUGCCAUCCUGUGGCACAGCUACGAGCUGCCGGUUGACUACGACCUGCCUGCACUGCUCAACAGAGAGCUCUUUGAGCUGCUGUUUAACUGGUCCAUGUCGUUGCCGUGCAACAUCGUGCUGAAGAAGGCAGUGGACAGCCUGCUGUGCUCCAUGUGUCACAUCCACCCCAGCUACUUCUCCCUGCUCAUGUCCUGGAUGGGGAUCGUCCCGGUGCCCAGCGCCAGUCACUCUCAGGCCCAGCGCCACCGCCUCUCCAUGACCGACGACGGCAAGAAGCAGCACGACGCCAACACCAGCUCUGCAAGCCUCACCGACGACUCCAAGCAUGCAAGACCCCCGGUCAAUCUGUCGGAGUCCCAGCUCACCACGCUGGCCGCUGCCUCCCAGUCUCCGGGAGCCAUAGAGCAGCUGCUGGACUCGGGCUUACCCUCGCUGCUGGUCCGCAGCCUGGCCCAGUUCUGUGUGGGUCUCCUGGCCAGCGCCGACCUGCCUCUACCCGCUGCUCAGGCCGAAAGACGACACCACCAUCACCACUACCACUCAUCCUCCUCAUCCUCACACAGUCGACCCCCUCUGGCUGCAGAACUGGUCGCUCCAGUGCUGCGUUUCCUGACUGAAGUGGGCAACAGUCACGCCAUGAAAGACUGGUUAGGAGGACCUGAGGUGAACCCGCUGUGGACGGCUCUUCUCUUUCUGCUGUGCCACUCCAGUGCCAGUGCCGGUGCCAACGCAGGCUGUCAGCCUCUGGGCUCUGCAGCUGCGGCCGGCCCCUCUGCAUCCCACCCCCAGGCCUCAGGCUCACGGUACUCCCUGGCGUCUUCUAUGCAGGCAGGAGGGCUGACCACACAGCAGAGGACCGCUCUGGAGAACACCACCGUGGCCUUCUUUCUGCAGUGCAUCUCCUGCCACCCCAACAACCAGCGGCUCAUGGCUCAGGUUCUCUGUGAGCUCUUCCAGUCUGCACCCCAGCGAGGUAACGUGCCGAUCUCUGGAAACAUCUCAGGCUUCAUUCGAAGGCUUUUCCUGCAGCUCAUGCUGGAGGACGAGAAGGUCACAGUCUUCCUACAGUCACCUUGUCCGUUAUACAAAGGACGCAUCAAUGCCACCAGCCACAUGAUCCAGCAUCCCAUGUACGGAGCAGGACACAAGUACCGCACCCUCCAUCUGCCCAUCUCCACCACGCUGGCUGAGGUCCUGGACCGGGUGUCUGGUAUGUUUCAACACACAACACUUACACUAUAAAUCUGCCAGACAAACAAAACUCAGAACAAGAUGAGUGCACUGAGCUGUGGGGAUUUGUAAGCCUUGCUGCCAAUAAAGAAAAUGUGUCACUGCAGGAAUAAGUGGUGCGAUAUAGCAUAGCAUAUAACAUAUCAAAAGUCAUGUCAUACCUAUCUGUUGUAACAGAAAUGCUGUUGCAUGCAUAUUUUAUAAGGAUAUCUGAUUGAUUGCUGUUAAGUGUGCAUGAAACUCAUAACCGCAUAGAUUUUCAAACUAAAAGCUUUCUGUUCAAACCACAUAAUUCCUCCCUUUACUGGAGGGUUUUUAUUUUAAUGGAAAUAUAAUAUAGUUAAAAGCGUAACAUGUCGAGUGUCUAUGGAGCUA